AUUCAAAUUUGAUUGGUAGAAAAAAAACUAAUCGACACAUCUAUUAAAUUUGACGUCAAUUGAUACGAUAUAUAGACAAAGCCCACUUUUUCAAUUACAUUUUUGCUUGAUUCUAUCAUUCCCAACAUGGAUAGAAGACCAUCAGGAUUCUCUAAAGUACCAUCACUUGGUUCACGUUCUGUAUUAAUCGCUGUCGAUGGAUCUGAACAUUCAAAAAAAGCUUUUCAAUAUUAUUUAAAAUGGAUACAAAGACCUGAUGAUGCAGUGACAAUAUUUCACGCUGUGGAACCAGUUUCUCUACCAAUUAUUUCUUUAUCAAAUCCAAUGGGUAUACCAAGUGAUGAAUGGUCAAAUAUUGUACAAAAUAAUAUGAAACGUGUCCUUGAACUUGAAAAUGAUUAUAGUGCAGAAUGUUUAAGUCAUAAUUUGACAUAUCAAUUUUUGUAUGAACCUGUUGAUCAUAUUGGUUCAGCUAUUAUACAAAAAGCUGAAAAAUAUAAUGCACGUUUAUUGAUUAUAGGGAGUCGUGGACUUGGUGCUAUCAAGCGUACAAUUAUGGGUAGUGUAAGUGAUUAUGUUGUACAUCAUGCGAAUACAACUGUUUGUGUUGUACCGUGUAUGGAUGAAAGUCAAGAAACUUCAUCGUCAUCAUAAUAGUAAUAAUAUAUCGAUCCGGACAAAUGCUCAUUGUGCUCAAAGACAUAAUAAAGUAUGAAAUUAGUCAUGAAAUUUCUCUAUUGUCACUGUUAUUAAUGCAUAUAUGAGUAGUUAUUGGUCUAUAAUUAUUUUAUAUAUAUACAUUCUAGUACUCUUCAUAUACUUACUGAGAAGAGCACAUGUGCCCUUAAUCUCUGAUUACAUCAUAAUAAUAUUCCAGUAUAAUUCAGCCUGUGUUUUGUAGAUGUCUCUUAUAUAUGUAUACAUAUAUCGCGUUUCAUUGAAAUAAAAAUAAAUCAAUAAUAUAUGAUAGUGAAUUCAA